GCCGGUGCAGGGAAGCGUCCUUCCUUUCCAACUCCUUUUGACCUGAUUCGUGAUUAAUCGGUGCCGGAGGCGGAUCCUAAGGCCGGGCGGCUGUCAUGUCUUGUUAGAUUUUGUCCCGCUAGCAGCGUUAGAAAACAUAGAUAAUGAUUGGAUCUGUGGCGGAGGAGAAUUCCUGAUGGUAUCUCAAUGGAGGUCGGAGCGGUUCGCCUACUCCGACUCAAUUUCGUCUCUGUUUCUCUCUUGAUAAGUUUUCCUUUCUUGGCGGGUAAUCCCUUAAUAAGUUAGCUAACAGCUGCAAGGCCGGCUACAUCAAUAAGUAGUUUAGCGACUACAAGGGUGGCCGCCUGUCUCAAUAAGUAACUAGGCUGUUCCGAUAAGUCGCAUCCUGUAAGAAAGCAAGGCUGGCGGCCGUGAGCAAUCGAUGGAGUCAACGUGCAACACAAUCAGGGAUGAAAAUACCAUUAUUGUGAGCAAUGAUGAAGAUAUAAUUAGUACGCUCCCCAAUGAUGUUCUACUCCGAAUUCUUGAAUGCCUUGAUAUGCGGAAGGCGAUUCAGACCGGCGUGCUUUCCACACGCUGGAUGCACCUCCCUCAUCAGCUCUCUUAUCUGCAAAUCAGUAUCACACACUUUCAAGGCACACGCAGCACGGUGGAUCAGAUGAUGACCGCGUACACUGACGCGAUAUGGAGAUUACUAUCUCCUCCGACAUGCGAAUGCAGUCGAAUCAUCAAAAGUCUGAAACUCAGCUUCUACCUGGUAGACCCUUACUUGUCCUCUAUCGCUCAUACGGUCAGGGAAGCCGUGAAUAUCAGCGUAACGGAAUACCUUGAGUUUGCCCUGUAUGGACAUGUUCAACGCCCAAGUGAGGCUGACCUAGCAUUGUUCAGACAGCGGUUUAUGGCAUUCUUCCAUGCUUGCCCUGGUGCCUUCAAUUUGCUCACAAAACUAACGCUGCAGAACCUUUCGUUCAAAGACUCUGAUGUCCCCAAUAUCCUCAACACUUGCCAUAAACUUAAGUACCUCUCCCUGAGAUCCUGUGAAUUGGGCCAGGACCCUGUCCUGGAGAUAGAUGCCCCAUCCUCGGAGCUUACAGCACUUCAACUUAUCAGCUUCGGGUGUGCACAGGUUGAACUAAUCUGUGUUCCUAAACUCGCGGAAUUAUUCUAUGAUACAUGGUAUGGUGAAAACCCCCCAGUGUCUUUUGGCUAUGUUCCUCAGCUUGUUAAAGUAUGCUUCGCUUCUCCUGCCCUAUCUUGGCAGAAGCCAUUUGCAUUGAGCGAGUGUUUUUCUAGUAACAGAAACCUGUCAUUUCUGCAUCUGGAUUUUCGCGCUCAAAUGAUUUGGAUUCACCCAGAAGAUCCACAACAGCUCACUCCUUUAUUCAGUAAACUGAGAGUUGUGCAUCUUUACAAUAUCUUUGCCGAGUGCGAUCUGAAUUGGACUAUGUUCAUCCUUGAAGGCGCACCUUCCCUGGAGGAUUUAUGUUUAUCUCGGCAUUCAUGUGAACUCAAUAAGACCGAGAAAACUGCUGAAAAGACCAACGUGUCCUGGGAACCACCAUCAGAUAAUUUGAAGCGCUUGAAGUUGAAGUUGCUGGUGAUGAUAGGGUUUGAGGAGGAAGAGAAGGUGAUGAAUUAUAUAAGGCUUGUCAUGGCACGAGCUGUGGUCUUGAACAGAAUCGAGCUGCGUGAUAAACACCCGUGCAAGGGGUGCAAUGCCAUCAAGACCGAGCCCCCAAGAUUUCCGGUGGAUGAAGCUAGCAAACAUCGGAUCAGGGAGCAACUCAUUCAUGGAUCCUCCUCGUCUGCGGUGAUAGUAAUUGGAUGAUGGACAUAGUCCAAGAAUAAUCAGAAGUGGCAUUAUCGCUGGAUAUAGUUUGGUUGGCCGUGCCUGGCCUAGUAAGAAAUAAUUCCCACUCUGGCUGUUGCUGGAGUGAUCUGUUAUAAUGCUAGCUAGCGAUUGUGCAUUAGGGCUGGCAGUUGUAACUUUAAGUGUACUGCUCGGUGUGGCUGAAUUAUGUAUGCAACUGCUUAUCUUGAUUUGUGCACCUACUGGAGGACAUGUGGCUUCUAUCCAUUCAAAGGCUCGUCUUUUUUUUUU